UUAUUCUAAGGAAGAAUUGUAGAUAACAUCACAAAACAUUUGCCUAUUCUUCUUCAACAUUUUCUCAACUUCAUCAAGAUCCAUUUUAGUCAUGACAAAGAAUGAAGAGGGUUCAACCAAGUCUCUCUCACCAACCAAUGAGCACAAAGUUGAUGAAAACAACAUGAGACUCACACAUAGUGAUGAUGGUGCUAUUGGUAGAAUUGAAGGAGAAAUGGAGACACAAAAAAAGAGAAGUAAUCAACAAAACGUAAAAAUUCCAUGGCAAAUGGAGGAGCUUACUAGUGUUACUAGUAGUAAGGUUGUGACAAAAGAUGAAGGACAGUCCACGUCAGCAACCUUGAGUGAUUCAAUUCAAGAAUCUAAGUUGAGGGGUCCCCAUAAGAAAUCAACCAACACUAGCUCAAUCAGUCAAAAACGAAAAUUUUCUCAAGAAGAAGAUGAAGUGACUAGUAGGGAAAUUAGCAAGAAGGUCUCGUUGAAUAUUAAUGAAGUUGCUACACAAGAAAGUGAUGAAGAAAUGGUUUCCGAUGCACAAAAUGAUGAACUGGACCUUUCUCUCAAACAUAAUAUUUAUGUUGGUUGUGCCAAUGCCAAUAGAUUUGAGUUGAAUAAUCCUCCUGCUGAUGAAGAUGAAGAAAUGAUGAAUAUGGGAAAAGAAAAUGAAAACUCGUCGCCAAUGCAAGGAGUCAAAGAAGAUAUCCAUGAGAUAGAGGGAGAGAAGCAGUCUUCUAAAGUGAAAAUUGAAAAAGAAGUUGUGAAACCUACAAGCAUGAAUGAAAUGGAAUCUUCUUCUUCUGUGAGGAAAAAUGUGGACAAUGUUGGUAAUGAAAGGAGGAUCUUCAACUUCGACUUGAACGAGCUUCCUCUUGAUGAAGAUGAAGAUCAUGCCUAAAGUUUGCAUGAUUAAUACUCUCUUUUGUUUAUAAUUUAUCUAAAAGAGAGUAUUAUACAACUAUAUUUGCAUAAACCAUGUGGUCAAAGACAAUUAUAAACUUAUCUUCGCAUUUGAGGUUUUUUUAGAUUUGAUAAUCUCAUGCAUUUGAAUUGUG